AUGUGACUAGAGCUGUGCGCUGAUUGGUUGGUUUAUGUCACGUGAUGCGACUCCAUUAGAGCCCAGCAGAGAAGUCAAUCUCUCGGGAGUCCGUGCGCCUCGUCCGGUGUCCGCCGCCUGAGCCCCGAGCCCGGGAGUGUCCGCCGCACCGAAUCCUCCUGCUCCUCCUGGUGUGUCUCCGGUCAGGUGGGGGCGAUGCCGAGCUGCAUAGUGAAGGGCUGCACCCACUACACGGGCAUGAAGUCCACCAACCCGCUGCUCACCAUGCACGUCUUCCCGCGGGAGCUCAGUCGCAUUAAGCUCUGGCUGCAGCAGAUCGGGCAGAUCGGGGACAUUGAUGCUUUUGCCGCAAAGGUUUUUGACGAAUCAAGAACGGGUAAAUACCGUAUUUGCUCCGCCCACUUUGCACCAGGCAGUUACAUCUCCCAGGGGAGCAGGAUUGUGCUGAAGCACGACGCCAUCCCCACCCUAUUCCCCGGGAUUCACCCCAGACCCCCGCCUGACUGGAAGCCGCAACCAGCGCAGGCAAACAAGCCGGAACCUACCGGUAAAAGUGACAAGAUGGACGCCCCGGCCCCCAAAGCCUCCACCCAGAGAAAGGAGACGGUGCCAGCAGCUAACGUGGACUGUCAGAAGAGGCUGCAGGAGGGAGCGCGCCGGAAUCAAGGGGCCAAGCAGGGCCGCACCCAGGGGCCCCCACAGGGGACCCUCUUGGACAUCAAUGGCAGAUAUACAGGAGGCCUCUCCAAGGUGUCCGGGCACAAGACCAAACCGGACGAGCUCAGCUACAACUGGUCGCCACGAGCGGACGCUGCCGACGAGAACAAACGCGCACUGUUGUCUCUAGAAAACGUAAUGGUUGCUCUCCUGCAGCAUCUGGGAGAUGCUCCGCUGUCCUCACGAGCGCAAAAACAGAAGACGGGCCGCCUGCUGAACCAGACCGCCGAGAUCGUGUCCCUGCUGACCGGAGAGGAGUGGACGGUCGUGAAAAAGAAUUCGCACAUCAGCAAGUUCUACAAUAUGAUCCGCGAGGUUCCCAUAAAGUGCGGAGACGUGGCGGUUUUCUUCUCUAUGGAUGAAUGGGAUUAUAUUGAGGACCAUGAGGACCAAUACAAGCAUGUGAUGGUGGAGGAGCCCGAGCACCCACAACUCAAUGGAGGCUCAGGUGGAAUGAAGACUGACUUUUUGCCAGAGACAUCACGUGAUCCAAGGCCGAAUUUCAAUGAUAUAGACUUUGGGCAUCUCUUCCAGAACUCGGUGCCAUCCCCUGUGAAUAGAGAGAAAUAUGAAGAGACAAUAAAAGACCUUCGGAUCCUUGAGAUGAGCUGCUCCUCAGAUGAUGACAUGGACCCCCCUUCAAGCGACAGAGUUGAUUCUCCCACAGGACACAAGGACAUUGAGCUGGACGAACCCCAGAGCCCCGAGUCCCCCCCACCUCCUACAGAUAAACAUAAAGAAAUAAGGAAAGACGACAAAGAAGAAAUUCCUAAUAAAACUAAACCUGGUAAAACCUCGGAGGUGGAGCCUGAAGUGGUGCCCGAUACUCCCGCCUCUAACCCCUCAAAACAGUCCAGUCCUGAUGUCACAGCCGACCCCGUGCCCAAAAUCCCCCCAGCACCUGACACCCCACCCAGGAAAGAGUCUCCCCCAGCAGCAGAUGUCAUAGAAGAAUCCCCAGAAGCGAGCUCAGAGCUGUGGAUCGCACAGGACGGCACAACUUCUUCUACUUGGAUCCCACAAGACGACCCAAGGCCUAAAGGAAGAAACUGCUCGAGAUACGGUAAUGGCCCCAGAAUCCAGUGUCCGGUGAGUCUGUCCGGCUCCACCACCAUCUGCCGGCCAGAGCUGAAGAGACCCGAGCUGUCCAUGGGGCCGCACUGCCACCGCUGUGACAUCACCUUCCCCGAUCAACUGGAACUGGAGCUGCACCAACUCACACACAGUAAGAUGCAGCGGCUGUGACCGGCCGCACCAGCGCCACUUCAUGGGGAAGGUUGUGUUUGGUUUUAUAAAAGGACUUUGGGAUGGAAACAGUUAAUAAAGUGUUUAAGAGAAGCCGCACAGUCCUUUCUAGGAUCCAUCACUACAACCUUAUCCAAAGAAUGGGAGGAUGGUACGCCCCCUCCCCAAACAGUUAUAUGGGGGCAGCACAAACGCUCUCCCAUAGAACUACAUGGAGGAGGCGUGUCAGCCGGGACGUUGCGACCCUGUGCAGGAUAUCAUGGGGGGGGGGGGGGGACC